GUCCAGGAUCACAGCCCAGAGCAUCACGUGAGGGUCCGCCCCGGGAUGCUCUGCAGAGCAAAGUGGCUAAUUGAUGCCCCCCCCCCCACCCCAGGGACGGGAAAGCAGGCAGCUCCCUCCGGGCUGUCUGCACACAGGAAAUCUGAGAUGCAGAAUAUCUUAUAGCCUGGCCUGCCACCAUGGGUCAUGCGGCGGGCCCGAAAUAAACGCCCUGCUUCAAAGGAGAGCCCUUCAGAACAGCCUGGCAACACCACCGGAAGCUCUGGGCCAGGGACGAAGGCAAACUCAGGGAGCAUGUUCUGACUUAAGACACUCGUCAGCAAAUCCCUUCCAUGACCCCCGACCUGCUGCCUUGUCUCAGAGCGAACAGGUGUCUUUUCUGAGCCAAGAAGAGAUGGCUACAGAGAUCAGUGCCCCGGGAGGGUCGCGUGCCAUUGGGCAUGAGGAAUAUAGUCUCUAUGGCAGUUUUAGCGAGGAGGAGCUGAUUCAGAUGGCCAUUGAGCAGAGCCUGGCAGACAAGACGCGGGGCCCAGCUACCACGGAAGCCGAGGUGGCCACCCAUGCCAACCGCCCUCCUGCUCAUUUCUACCCAUGGACCAGGUCCCCCGCCCCACCUGCUGACAGCCGGAGCCACCCUGCCGCAGCUCCCCUGGGCCUGUUCCAAGGGGUCCUGCAGAAAUACAAGAACAGCAAGACCUCCCAGCUGGCGCCUGCGGACCCCGUGCUGAAGGCCAUUAAGGAAGGCGACGAUGAGGCCUUGAGGGCCAUGAUCAAGGCAGGGCGCAACCUCGCUGAACCCAACUCCGAGGGCUGGUUGCCACUACAUGAGGCAGCCUACUAUGGCCAGCUGGCCUGCCUGAGGGCCCUGCAGCAAGCGUACCCGGGGGCCCUGGAUCAGCGGACUCUGCAGGAGGAAACUGCCCUUUACCUGGCGACAUGCAGGGGACACCUGGACUGUCUCCUCUGCUUGCUCCAAGCAGGAGCUGAGCCUGACAUCUCCAACAAGUCCCGAGAGACACCCCUCUACAAAGCCUGUGAACGUAAGAAUGUGGAGGCGGUGAGGAUUUUGGUGCAGUACCACGCCGACACCAACCACCGCUGCAACCGCGGCUGGACAGCGCUGCAUGAGUCGGUCUCCCGCAACGAUCUAGAGGUGAUGGAGAUCUUGGUAAGCGGAGGAGCCAAGGUGGAGGCCAAAAACGCCUAUGGCAUCACCCCACUGUUCGUGGCGGCGCAGGGCGGGCAGCUGGAAGCACUGAGGUUCCUGGCCAAAUAUGGUGCUGACAUCAACACACAAGCCAGUGACAGUGCCUCGGCCCUCUAUGAGGCCUGCAAGAACCAGCAUGAGGAGGUGGUGGCAUUUCUGCUGUCACAGGGUGCGGAUGCCAACAAGGCAGACAAGAAUGGCAUGCUGCCUCUGCACGUGGCCUCCAAGAAGGGCAGCGACAGGAUCGUGCAGAUGCUGCUGCCCGUGACGAGUCGCACGCGCGUGAAGCGCAGUGGCAUCAGUCCCCUGCACCUGGCGGCCGAGCGCAACCACGACGCGGUGCUGGAGGCGCUCCUGGGCGCGCGCUACGAUGUCAACGCACCGCUGGCCCCCGAGCGCGCUCGCCUCUACGAAGACCGGCGCAGCUCGGCGCUCUACUUCGCCGUGGUCAACAACAACCUGUACGCCACCGAGCUGCUGCUGCUGGCCGGGGCCGACCCCAACCGCGACGUCAUCAGCCCCUUGCUCGUGGCCAUCCGCCAGGGCUGCCUGCGCAGCGUCCGGCUGCUGCUGGACCAUGGUGCCGACAUCGACGCGCGCAUCGCCACGCACCCCACGGCCUUCCCCGCCACCAUCCUGUUCUCCAUGAAGUACCUGUCGCUGCUCAAGUUCCUCAUGGACUUGGGCUGCGACGGCGAGCCCUGCUUCUCCUGCCUCUACGGCAACGGCCCGCACCCGCCCGCCCCGCAGCGCCCCAAUAGGUUCAACGAAGCACCGGCCGAGGACAACAAGGCGCCCUGCGUGGUGCAGUUCUGCGAGAUCCUGUCGGCGCCGGAGCUGAGCCGUUGGGCCGGGCCCAUCAUUGACGUCCUGCUGGACUACGUGGGCAAUGUGCAGCUGUGCGCACGGCUCAAGGAGCACAUCGACAGCUACGAGGAUUGGGCGGUCAUCAGGGAGAAGGCAGAACCUCCGAGGCCUCUGGCUCACCUGUGCCGGCUUCGAGUGCGUAAGGCCAUGGGCAAGUACCGACUCAGUCUUCUGGACACACUGCCACUGCCUGGCCGGCUGAUCCGGUACCUGAAAUAUGAGGACAGGCAGUGAUAGGCUAACUGUCACCUCAUCUCAGGACAACUGGUCCCCAGCACAUGGCAGCUGGAGCAGAUAGGGCUGUGGGCUGCAGCCCUCAGCAGUUGGGUAGUGAAUGCUGUGACGGACUUCAGAGGACCUCAAAGCAGAGCCUG